GCCUGGUUUUCUAGGGUGCUGUCAAAGAUGAAGUGGACGUGAGAGUGCAGUUCGCGCAUGAAAAAUGGGCGACUGCAGUGUUCUUGGCAGAGAGGCCCAAAGCGACGUAAAUAGCUUGAUAAAUCGCAUAUUUUGGUGUUGUUUAUGCUUCUCGACUGCCUUCUACCUCGUUCGCAAGAUUGUGCAGGCCCUCCUGAGAUCCUCGAGCACCCCACGAUACAAAUGGCAUCCGACGUUUCGCCAUAUCUGGAAUAUCUCUUUCUUCAGUGGCUCCACUGUGUUCCUCCACUUUUACCACAAGACUUUCAUAGCACCGGAAAUUGAGAAGGAAGUGCGGCACUAUUUCCCCAAAUACGAGAAUCUGCUCCUCUUCAUGCCAAACGAAGACACCACCAAGUUCAAUGACAUCUUUGUCAUUGUCAUCACCUUCCAUCUCAUUGCAAUUGUGCUGGAUUUGCGCGAAUGUGAUUACUCUGAGGCAGCCCAGCGUGUGCUGUUUUCCUCUGUUCUCGUGAUAUUUUACAUCUUUAGAUAUGAACAUUACUUUGUAUUAUUGAAUAUAAGUGUAGGACUGAUGGGCAUCGCCACGGAAGUUCUCCUCCUCUCUGCCCUGCACACAUCCACCUCAAGAGACAUUCUCUUCAUCCUCUAUGCCACUUUCCGCUUCAUCACGUGGUCCUAUGUCUUCCUCAACCUCAUGCCGUUCAAGUUCCUCCUGCCGACGCUUUACGUCAAGAAUUUCAAUGCCUGGCUCAACAUUUUCUCAUGGCUGUGGUAUGGAUCGUGUGUGUGGAACUCCCCCAUCCUGCAAUUUAUCUACCAUCAGACGUUUCAUAUUGCGCCCAUUGAGUGCAUCGGGGGUGGAAAUGUGGCCAAAUGCAUCAUGCUCAAGGAUUCACCGGAUGUCAGGCACUAUAAAACACUCCAGAAAUCCGUUCUUGAAGUCAAAUUGGCCACAGAGAAAAGCAAUGGCAAUGCAGCACCAGCGGAAAGUUCAUCUGCACGAACCUUUCAGACGAUCAAAUGCAUGAUGACACUGAAGAGAAAAUUGAGGCGAAUACGUGAAAAUCGUGACGGAAAAGUGAAAAAUGACGACGCGUCUGGCGAGGAGGACGCCGAAGGAUCAUCAAAAGUUGAUGAAGAUGACAUGAGGGAGGAAAUUUCCUCUCAUUUACAACAGUAGCAAAGGAAUUUGACGGUGAAGACUCACGCUUUACACGUAAUUUAAUUUUAUCUUAAUAUUUAAUAUCGCGUUCUUUUGUGUUUGUCGCGUUUUUCUGUGUGACUGUCUGUGAAUGACGAAGAAGAAGCCAUCAUGCGAAUUUUUUGUAUCCCACAAACGCAAGAAGAAGCCUAAAGAAACGAUACGGAAGAGUAAUAGUUGUAUUAUAUAUAUAUAUAUAUGUGUAU